AUGAAGAGUUCUUUUCGCUCUAAGAGCCGUUUUCCGGGCCCCUCAGUUUAAAAUUGAACGGUUCUGAGACUAGAACUUUCGGGUAUAUGAUAACCUUAUGGUGAAAGGUCCACUGAAGACAUUUGUUCCUCUGAAAUCACAGAAAAGUUGAAUUUUUGAGGUAAUUUUAUGACAACUUUAAAAAAAAAGCAAUAUAAUGUACAAGGACAGGCUGAUGGCACAUUUAUAGCUAUGAUACUCAUGCAUACUUUAAUCGUGGUGUCGAAUUCCCCAGAAAAUACCUAAAAUCAAUUAUUCAUUUAUAAGGUGAUAAAAUAUGGGGUUAUUGUUCAUCAUUGAUUGUCGGCGUAAAAGAUUUGAGUGUCAUCAGCGUAAGUGGACAGAGUGCACUUCUUGAUGACAUAUGAAAGAUCAUUCAUGAAGAUGUUGAAUAAUAAAGGGCCGAGGAUGGAUCCUUGUGGUACACCAUUGCAUAUAGGUUGCCAAUUGGAGAGUGUAUCCCCCAGUCUCACCCUUUGGAAUCGAUUUGAUAAAUAAUCUUUUAUCAGGGAGGUUGUUACUUCAUCUGCUCCAUAUUCUUUUAAUUUCAAAACAAUCAGUUCAUGAGGUAAGGUGUCGAAAGCCUUGGACAAGUCCAUGGAGACCAGACCGAUCAAUUUAUUGUUAUCAAUUUCUUUUUUCCAUUGUUCGGUUAGACUAAGAAGUGCUGAGUCGCAGCCGUGAUAUUUCCUAUAAGCAAACACAUAUUUGUGAUAAAUUUCUUCAAAAUACGGGCUUAUUCGACAAUGAAAAAUUUUUUCGAAAACCUUCGAUAAAGCUGGCAGAAUCGUUAUCGGCCGAUAGUUAGUUUUUAAUAGGCUGCAGUCUUUUUUGAGAAUUGGAGUGACCUCGCCAAGUUUCCACUGUUGUGGUAUCUUAAUUGAAGUUAAAACAUGAUUAAUCACUGUACUAAGAGGGAAGUAUAAGACAUCCAUCGAUUCUUUAACUGCUAGUGGAGGGAUCCCAUCACAUCCAGAAGCCUUGUUUGGAGCAAGUUUCCUCAUUACCUCGGAAACUUCUGUUGGAUUAGUGUUGCUUAGCGACACAUUCGGCCUGCUUAUUAAGUUAUUUGAUAUGUGCGAUAAAUCUACUGGAUAGCCGUUUUGAUUUUGUUCUUUGGUACUUUGAGUACAGCUUGUGAAGAAAUUAUUUAAUGUCUCGGUCACCUCUUGAGGAUUCCUGAUGAUUUUGUCACCCUCUUUUAAUGUUAUUCCGCUAUUGUCUACAUUCUUUCGGGAAUUAACAUAAGGCUUGAUGGCACGCCAAAACUUCUUUUGAUCCGCAUAUUUUUCCGAACACAGCUUCUCAAAAUGUCUACGUAUAGAUUUUCUUCUCGUGCUAACUACUUUGUUGCGCACUAUACGGUAGCUCUCCCAAUCACACUGAUUACGUGAUCUAUUAAAUUUUUUCUUAAGCCGUUUUCGUUCCACCAUUUCUCUCCGAAUUUCAGGAGUGAUAAACUUCGAUUCUACUGAAGAUCGUCGUUUGAAAGAUCGCAUUGGUGCGUGGUCUUCUAACACCUGAUUAUAUAACGUCUCCCAGCACCAGUAAACAUCGUCCAUAUCAUCAAAAACGUAUGCAGCAUGAAAAGGAACUCGACUGAGAUCUUUCUGAAAAUCAUCUCGGUUAAAGGUCUUGAAUAUCCGUUUCUUAACGACUUCGGCGUUAGCAUGUAACAUUUUAGUUUUUAGAACCGUGUAAACUAGCAGAUGAUCACUGAUUCCUGUUUCGAUAGCGCCAGACGAUUUCAUAAACAUGGGCACAUUUGAAAGAAUGACGUCCAGGCAAGAAGCUCUAGUUGUUGAAAUUCUUGUCGGUUCUUUAAUUAAUGUGUCGAGGUCAUAGAUAUCGAAAAUAUCCAAAAGGCAUUUGCCCUGGUUAUUAUUCAUAAACGGAUGAAUUAUGUCACAAUUUAGAUCACCAAGACAAAUCACGUUUACGCAGAGAGAUAUCGCUUGAUCCAGGACUGUAGUCAAUUCAGUUCUGAAAGUAGCAUUGUUAACAGAAGGAGGCUUGUAGGCACUGACUAAAGCAAAGCGUCUUUGUCCGAUGUGUAGAUCGAAUAAGAGUGAUUCCACUGAUGUUGUAAUGCCUUUCUUACAUGUUGCGGCGAUGUUAUCGCGAAUAAAGACGGCAAGACCGUCACCACCUUUCGUCCUGUCACGGCGAAAUAACUUGUACCCGUUAACAUAAAAUUGAGAGUUAGGAAAGGAUCGAUCGAUCUUAGUUUCCUGUAUGGAUAGAAUGUCGAAGGCUCUGUUCGUUAGCCACUCCUUGAUCUCCUCAAAUUUGCUUGGUAAACUGUUUACAUUUAGGUUUGCUAUAAUGCAUUCUUUGCGAUUAUCGUUUCUAAUUAACUUCAUGUCCGAAGGUUGUGAACUAAGGUCCAGCUCAGUGUCGCUCGCGCUUUCAUGCGUGGAGCUAUUCAAGGUGGAAAAGAAUGAAUCGCUAAACUUCGGCAAGGCACAGAAAGAGCAUAUCCAGUCGACAGAUGGAUUAUUAAGACAGUACUGAAAGGUCCAGUUCGACAUAUUCAGACAUCUUGCAUGCGACCAGGUGUUGCACUCAGAACAUAAAAUGGCGUCUUGAUUGAUUCUUACGGAUUUAGAACAUUCACCACAAGGAUAUUUCGUAGGCUUCCUUCUCGGACCAGGGUUAGGUGAAACAUCUCCAGAAAUCAACAAUCUUUGCGCUUGAAAUGUACCUACACCAGUAGCAGUGUAUAAUAAUCUUCCUCCAUUAAAACGCCUCCAUGCGAGCUUGAAAGGUAGUUUGUAGUAAUACGCACUUGACGUUGUUAAGUGGAGUGAAAUAACCAGUCGCGUACAGCGUUCGGGAUGCAUAAAACUGCAGUUUGAUGACUCACGAAAUUCUCGUAGAAGUACGACAAGGAAUAAAAGACACAAUAAUGUGCCGCCCAUACGGACGUGUCUGAAUGCCAUGAUGGCCUGGUUACGUUACGGGAAUUUCGAUUCCACUGAUGUUGUUGGGAUGAAGUCUUUUUGGAUAGCCUCUUUGACUCUACGUGUGGAUCACAAUCAAUGAACUUAACCUCGCCCCAAAUAGGAAUAUGCCCCGUUUCGUUAGCGUGCUCCGAAACCGCAGGGGUCUGAGUGCGAGCAAACCGUAUGUCUCUGUCAUGUUCUUUUAUCCUUUUUCGCUUUGAUCUCCCUGUUCACCGAUAUACACUUUGCCGCAGUCGCAUGGGAUCUUGUAAACGACACCGUUUUGUUUUGUUGGUUCUAAGGCACCUUUAGCUAGGUCGCACUAAGUGAGACCUAAGCGGUAUGUCAGAUUUGAAAACGGUCCUUAUGUUGUAGGCAGCGGCGAAGAAUCUCUGAUACACCCCUUAUGUAAGGUGUAAACCAAGAAAAUAAAACGGUUUUCGUUUAAAAUGCAAAUCCAUGCAAAGCUUGGAUACCCGAAACGAAUAAAGUUCAUCUCCAUUUACAAAGUGUUAGAAUACAAGGUUUGAAUUUCUAUAAGGAAUGAAAUCCGUGAAAGUAAACUAAAUUUAAAAUCCUGUAAACUUCCGGUUUUUGCAACUUACCACAGGUGAAAAUUACUCGCCUUCUCGUUUGAAUGCGUUAGCACUAAAAAUUUUGUCCACAACGACUAUACAACGACAGCUCGUUAAAAAAGCACAUGUGCCGUAACUUGACAGUGUCACGAAAGGACUUCCAGCCGUCCUCGUCGUCUCUUUCGUCACCGAUGCUAAAGCUCUUUACUAAAAACGCAUUGUAAUACAAGUGUAUGCUCUGCCACAAGUUAGUGUGUAUGAAAUUAUGACCUCAUUACGACUUCAACACGGACAAAGUGUGUAAUUCAUUAAGAAUUCCCGUUUUAAUCGACACAUGUGCAAUGGGGCGCUAGAAUUACCGAGGGACACCGGACACUACUUGGUACCCUGGCAGGCAGUGUUUGAGAUUCCUACGACCGACAUCAUCUCUUAGACUUGUCUUUCUUGUACUCUACAGUCAAGUACGGUCCCCGCCAUGUCGAAUAAUCUUGCGUAGCGUCCUUGUAGCUUUCUCGUGUUUCCCUUCUUUUAUUUUUCUCCUUUCCUUCUUUUCCUUCAUGAUUGGUUUGCAAAUUAGGAGAUACGCCAAAAGGCAUCCAACAUACAAAAUUCAUUUCUGCGCCAUAGAGAGGGACAAGGGUCUUUUCGGUUGUGAACCACGAGUUGCUGCAUUACGUUCACAGAUAGUUUAUUCGAACUGGCGGCGUCAAUUGUCGAGUUUUUUUCAGCACGCUCAAAGAGAAAUCUCGAAACGGUUGGGUUACUGUUUGAAACCUCAAACAUGUAAAUAGUACAUUUAUAGAUAUACUUUUCAAUCGCAAAGAUAAAGAUAACAUCCUUUUAAGAGGAUACUUCCCCUGCACAGAAAUGAUUCUGUGUACGUGAAGAAAAGGCACUUUUACCGUUUCUUAAAUUAACAAUAUCUUUAUUGUUCCCCUUUUUCUUUGUCAGAUUCUAAACAGUCAGAGAUGCACCUUAGAAGACUCGCUUUCGGAGAACACUAUCAACCUUGUUUCCAACGAUGCUCAAACUAUUGAGGAGCUGGGUGAUGUCUUGUAUUCAUUUUCAUUCGCCUUUGUAGACCUCAUUGCCUCUUUGGCUCUUGUAUGGUACUUAGUGGCCUGGCAAGCGUUGUUAGGAAUUUCCUUUUUUCUUGUCGUCGUUGCUUACGGAUCCUUCAUAGCUCGUGAAACUGGGAAAAUACGCCUCCGGGCUGCUGCAGUAACCGACGAGAGGCUGAAGAUAAUGAAUGAGAUCAUCUCUGGUAUCCGCAUAGUAAAAAUGUACGCUUGGGAAUGGAACUUUAGGGAUCUGGUUGCACAAAUAAGAAGGUUAGAGGAUUGUUGUGUUUUCCAGAAAAUAUCAUAAUUUUACCAACAGAUCGACUUUAACUCUUCAACCCCUAAGGAAUCAUGAAUCACAUAUAUUAUUUUCUCAAAUCUGAAAUUUUCGACCGUCCCCUCAGUCCAAUUGGUACGUGCGUAUAUGUAAAGAUUACAAGAUUUCAUAGUGAUAGCCCUUGAUUAAUCAAUCGAUGAAAUUUAAAUUUACAUCUUUCUCUGCACAUGCGUUUUGUGUGAAAACGUAAUUUUAGACUUUCAUCCACCGAUUAAUCAUGGAGAUGGGCCCUCCAUACCAGGAAAAAACUAUCAGAGUGUUAAAUAACACCACAUGCUCGAAUUACAUUCCUUCAAAAUGUUUUCCACAGGAAAGAGAUCUCUCUGAUUCGUAUACGAGGAUUCUUCAUCUCCAGUAUCUACGCACUGUUCUUCACCAACUCCACGAUUGCGGGUUUUAUUUCAGUCGUAACGCUGCUCCUUACAGGGAAUCUGCUGACCUCAUUUAUGGCUUUUACAUUGCUUUUGGUGUUGAGUAACACUAAAAUGGUGGUGACAAUAUUCCUUGUUUAUGCAUUGCGCUACAUUGCCGACGCAAGGACGACUUGUUGCAGAAUGCAGAGGUUACUAGAAAAGAAUUCCUUGUCAAAGAUGCAAAUAGAUCGCGGCGAUACAAUAUUGCCCUUUACAGACCAAAGAAAGCGAUCGAAUUUUGUCAGAAUUGAUAGUUUUAAAAAUGGAAAACCGGUGUUAGUUGGUGCUCGAAAGCUGGAACCGCUAAUCGACAACCAUCCACCGAAGGUUACGCUCGACAAAGUUUCGUGUGCUUGGAUUAAAACGUCGGAGAUUCCUGCGCUACAAAACGUUUCGUUAGAUGUUGCUGAUGGGCAGCUUGUGGGUUUAACAGGCCCAGUUGGAAGCGGAAAAACAACUUUACUACUUAGUAUUCUGGGAGAACUUCCCGUAUGUUCUGGUCGAAUUUCUUGUAUCGGAAAAAUGGCUUUCGUAUCCCAAAUUCCUUGGGUCUAUUCAGGCACAGUGCGAGAAAAUAUUGUGUUUGGCAGACAGUUUGUCGCCGAAAAAUACAAUAAAGUUAUCAUGGUUUGUGACCUUGAGAAAGAUAUUAAAUGUUUUCCUAAAGGCGAUCUAACUGAAAUUGGUCAACGCGGAGUCAUCUUGAGCGGUGGUCAGCGUGCUCGAGUAAGUCUAGCACGCGCGAUAUACACUGAUGCUGACAUUUACUUAUUGGACGACCCACUCAGUGCAGUGGAUGCCAAAGUCGGCAAAAAUCUAUUCGAGAGGUGUAUCAAGGAGUUUCUGGGCGGAAGAAUACGCAUUCUGGCUACUCAUCAGCUGCAGUUUCUAAAAAAGACUGACAGCGUUGUGGUGCUUGAGAAUGGUUCCGUUGUAGGUCAAGGGACAUAUAGUCAAGUACUUCAACACAACAUGGGCUUUCGCUUUUUUCAGCGUGAAGCGAAAGGAGCCCCCAGUUUGGAGAAAGAUGAUCUUGAAAUGGCUACAGUUGUGUGCAAAGACACUCACAAAUCCAUGAGCGUCCCUCAAAUAGAUGGUGAAAGAGUGGAUCUCACAGAUGAUGCGGAGGACAGAAUGAUUGGAAGUGUGAAGUGGUUGUUGUACUGGAAAUAUUUCAGGACUGUACUACCAACUAUCAUGAUAGCAAGCCUUUCCGUUUUCUUGACUUUUGUACUAGGUAAGUGACAAUCGCUUGGAGUGAUUUUUUUUCAUGACCCAUGCCGCUAAACUGUCUGGAAAUUUUAAUAACUAUGCGGGGACCCUCGCCAGCUUGGAUCAUCCUAUGUAUUGUCUAAAAUUUUCACGAAUAAAAAAUGAUCAGUCUUGGUCGAAAUAAUCUGUACUCGUUAAUCGCGUGAUAGCUUUGAAAUGGAGUGUUAAUCCAUCGCCUAUAAGUACGAGUUCAUCAAGCCAUUCUAAAUUGCAAGAAACUAUGAAAAAAUCUGAACAUUUGCCUCAUCAUGACUACAGAGAACAUCAUGAAACUCGUCUUCUUCAGCAAAUAAAGUUAGCUGUGGCUAUACUUUUAGGUGAUUAUUACCGACCGUAUAGCCUUAACACCAUUAAUGACAGUUUUUUAAAUUUUUCAAGGCACUUAUAAAUACUAUUGAAUUUUUUGUCUCUCCUCAGUAUUGUGGAUAGCACCCUUCUGGUGGGUCUCAAGAAUGACAGAAAUGCCAUUUGAAAAGCAAAAGAAUUUCAUCACUCUUUCGGUGUACGGAUCAAUUGCUAUUGCUUCCUUGCUUUUUACAAUCGUAUCCUCGUUCUGUUUCUAUGUCACUGCUUUGAGAGCAUCAGAAAACCUUCAUGACCAGAUGACAAACGCUGUUCUUAAAGCACCAGUUUUAUUCUUUGAUACUAAUCCAGUUGGUCGCAUCUUGAACCGUUUCUCCAAAGAUGUCGGUUGCAUGGAUGACCUGCUUCCAGGAAAGUUUCUCUUUGCCAUUCAAUUAUGUCUUCACUUUCUUGGUGCUACCAUUCUUUCAGCGGUAUCCAAUGUUUGGCUCUUCAUUACUUGCACUCCAUUAACAGUACUUUUUAUCUACCUGACUAAAUAUUAUUUGAAAUCCGCUCGAGAGCUCAGGCGACUUGAAGCUAUAACCUGCAGUCCGGUGUAUUCCCUUAUUGCUGAUACAAUGGCUGGAUUAGAGGUGAUAAGAUCAUCUGGGAUGGAAGAUAAUUUUCUGCAAAAGUUUUAUCGGUGAGUGCCCUAUGAAAAUACAAUGUCACUGUUACAAAUACUAAAUUUCCUGAAUUAUACCGUCCCCAAGUCUAUAGAACUAACAUUAAACAAUUCACAAUUUUAUAUCAAGGAAAAAAAUUGUGGAAGUGUACUUCAUUUGAUAAUUGAACCUAACAAUGUAGGAUACUUCACCGGUUAAUUACAUCCUAUUUAAUCAAUUUGCAAAAUACCCAAUGAAUUUUAUAGCAAGGUUAUUCAUAAUAAUUAGUAAUAUUAAGUAAUUAAAUGUUCUUAGUACGUUACAGUUUUUAAAUUACGUUCUACAUCCUAGUUUAACUUCAACUCUAAUUUGUAGCUUGGAAGGUUUAUAGGUGAGGGAGUCUCACAUCGGACUGUAUGGUGGAUCCCAUUACUUUAAACAAUUAUCAUAGACAUGGAAAGGGAAAAUGUUAGCAGUUGUAAGCCAUUUAUUUUGGACGGAAUAUUUCGUUGAGAUAUUGAAUAGCAGAGAGGAUAACAAUCAAAAUGAUGGAAACUGCAAGCAAUUAGGGUUUUUGAAAACAGCUGAGCCGCAAUCAAUCUUUUCAACCUUUUGUACAGACCCCAUUUCUGAUGGGCAGGAGCUGUUUAAAACAUAAUUUCUACCUCAUCAAUUUCAUAGGUAUUACAUAUCUUUAACUUAAGGCUAAAGCUAUACUUUGGUACACUUAGCAUAUUCUUUAGUUAGUACGUACGUUACGAUUGGUAAAUUUAGCGGGCCGUAUUUCACUGUACACCCCGCCUGAUUGCAAAGUUAGUUUUACUUUAAACUCUCCCCCUAUUAGAAUUCAGAGAUAUAUUAAAUAUCUAAACGAACCUUGUUUGUUGGUUUGUUUUAUAAGUUACAGAUCUCGUUAUUUCUGCUCGUAUUUAUGUUCUACGCUUGGGUCAUAAAACCGAGCAGAAAAAAGCUCUGUCGGUAAGUUGCAGUACGGACCUCGAACUCGGAUAGUAAGAGAUAUUUGAUGAAAAUUGUUUGUGUUACUAAGUUUCUGUUUUUUGGCUGAAGAUGGUACUCAGUCUUAUUUAUAUAUUUUUAUAAAUUCAUUUAUACUAUUAUUAUUUUUCUCUUUUUGGAGGGGGAGCGAACAGAGUUUGAAAUUUAUUUUUGUUGUUGAAAGAUUUCAAUGGUAACGUUAAAAUGCUCUCUUUUUCAUUUUUCUUAAAGCUAAGAUCAUGACAUCAAUUUCGAAUGGAUCGAUUGGCUCAAUGUAAUACAAUGGACUUAAUUGGGACACAGGUCUCUAACUAAGAAGAACUCAUCAAUGUAUUGGUCUUUUUUUAAAGAUAUCAAGACAAGAACACGUCAGCCCUGUUUUUGCUGAAGGCCUCAACGCGAUGGCUCGCUUUCCGAGGAGAUUGUUUGUGUAAUUUUCUUGUAACUUCUGUGUCGGCUGGAGCUUUGUUUGCAACACAAAACCCAGGUACAUAUUCCUACGGUGUAACUGAAUCUCCAUUCCUUUCGCUUGUGUGAUCACUUUACCAAUUAAAAUUCUUCGCCUGGCGAGCCCUUUCCUGUAGGAGCCUAUUCCUGCCUCUCAGAAAGUUUCCUUUCUCUCUGCGCUGUUAAUAAAUCCUAUUUACUUAUUAAAAUGUUCAUUUGAAAAGCAAUUUGAAUUACGCUUUUAGUACAUCAUCAAAGAGCAUAACCUUCUCUUCAUAUUCCUUUUCACCGACUUUUGUAGAAGUAUGAUCAAAGAUAAUUAGUGAACCGCUCUUGUUUUCAGCUUUGGCGGGAAUGUCCCUGACUUUUGCAGCCGACACAUUGGAAGCAGCCCAGUACGGUAUCCAGGUAGCCUCAGAGACAGAAAACUACAUGACAUCAGUGGAAAGGGUGUUUACCUACACUCAAAUCGAAUCUGAACCUGGGUACAACUUAGACAGCCUACCUCCGGAGUCGUGGCCAACAAAAGGCACUUUAACAUUGCGCAACUUAUCUUUAUCAUACUUGAAGGGAGCACCACCAACUUUGAACAGAAUAAAUUUAUGUAUCACUGAUAAGGAAAAAGUUGGUGUGGCGGGUCGUACCGGAGCUGGAAAAUCAUCAUUAGUGGCGGCUUUGUUCAGAACACCAGAACCAGAAGGCGAGGUGAGAACAUGCAGAGUGUUACCGUUAGGCAAACUUUGAGAUAUCGUUCCUUUAUCUCCUUCCUGUUACGCGAAAUGUAAGUUUUCUUAAGAAAUCGUUAGCGAGUUUUAAUGACAUAAAUGAUUAUGAUGAUAAAAAAGAUAAAAUAACGUAUUAUUUCUUAGAGGACAACUGUUUUGCUCUUCAUUAGCUUCCGUUUUACAUGCACGCCUUAGAAAUAUCAUUAUUCGACAUCAUUUUGAUCCACUUCCUCAUUUCAUUUGAAUAGAUUAUCAUAGAUGGCAUAGAUAUCACGCAUCUCAAUAUACAGGCAGCUCGCAGAUCUAUGGCUGUCAUUAUUCAGGAUCCUGUCCUCUUUAGCGGCAGCCUUAGGAAGAACUUAGAUCCCUUUUCCUUAUACAAAGAUCAUGAUCUGUGGAGAGCUUUGGAAGAUGUACAGUUAAGUUGCCUGGUACAACAAUUGCCUGAAAAGCUGGAGUACAAGUUGAAAGAGUCUGGGAGCAACUUCAGUGUCGGCGAGCGCCAGUUGGUCUGUUUAGCGCGUGCUCUGUUACAGAAAAGUAAGAUCAUCAUCCUGGAUGAAGCCACAGCUAAUGUCGACUUCAAGACAGACAGACUGAUUCAAGACGUUAUUCGCAACAGAUUUAAAGACUCCACAGUAAUAACCAUCGCCCAUCGCUUGAACACCAUCAUAGAUUAUGAUAAAAUGGUGGUUAUGGAUGAGGGACGAGUCUUGGAGUUUGACAGACCUGAAGUGCUACUACAAAAUGAGGAUGGAAUCUUUGCUCGUCUUGUGCAUACCCAAAAUGUAACGGCGGCACAUUGAGCUUGGCUUUAAUCGACGAUGGAAUCACACUCACAUUUGCAUUACAACAUAUCAUAUUGGUACCAGUCUUCCAUUCCGCCUUCGUAUAUUUUUAAUUCGUGUUGGACGAGGAUAGUUUUGCAGUUUUCCUUGUAAGGAAUAAUUCCCAUUUGAAAGGAAUUCGUCAGUUAAAUUCUAUGAGAAAGGAGAACGCUCCUUCAUCUCAUCGCAGCAAUUUCAGCUUCUCCCUUAGUUUAAAGAUAGCUCGUCUAAUUUUCAACGUUUUUACAUGUUUUUUUUUUUUUUUACACUUUGAGAACCUCUUAGAAGAAUCGUUUUCUCAGAUGAGUUUGUAACAUCUCAUAAUAGGUAUGAAUAUGGGGCUAUUCGUUUAUUUUAUUGGCAUAAGUAGAAUGAUGCUAUACUGUAGUACUGAGGGAUAUCGACAAACAAUUAACCGUUUUGAAUUUUUUUUAUUAGUUCAUGAUAGCAG